AUGCUCAUGAGCGAUGGGCUAUUGCGGGUAUUCUGGCCAUAUGAUCUCCCGCGAUCCUCGUCGCCGGGAGUGAUUGUUGGAUGGCGCAAUUCGGAGCUAGAUCUGUUCGUGCUCACGGUGUUGGAAGAUGUCGAGCCGCGCAAUGUCGACAAUGCGCUCCGCGCUGGGAUUCUCUUUCGGAAUAGCCCACAUCCGAUUGUUCGCAUCUUUACCUUGUGCGGGCGAUCCCAGAUGCACGUCCUCGGCUCGACAAAUCCACAGUCACCUCCGACCUCAUUCAACCCCUCCCAUCUAUACGUGAACACGCAAUCUACAUCCAAGGUUCCUCAAAUAUACUGUCCUCCAGGCACAAAUUUGUCAGUUCAGGUCAUCAUGUAUGAUCGCCCGCAUCCGACCCGCAUGGAGUACAUGUCUUUGAAUCCAAUCUCGCUGGCAUUGGGCGACAAGGUGGCAGCUUCAGAAAAGUUUGGACCGGUUACGGACAAGAUUGAGUCGGAAGAGGAGAAGGAGAAAGUAAGAGGUCGGCUGCUGGUUGAGAAACUCAAGUUUCACACGGUUGUCAAGCACGCGCCUUCGCAGAAGGAACAGGCACUUCCCUUGAUCAUCAACCAAGUCAAUUGCGCCUAUGAAAUGGCACAGCUGAUGCAUAAGAACACCCAUCUCAUUGGUAUUCGUGCCAAGCGGAGUAUGAGUGUUGGAGAGCGCGUGGUGGAGUCUGCCACAACAUUGUGGGGGUUUAUCGUCCUCUGCCUAGCUCACGUCUUUUGGCAAUGGAUUUGGCCUGUUAUCACUAGAAUUUUCGUGAUAGGACUUGUGUGUCACCGAUCCGUCGCAGAGAUUGUCUUGCAGGUUCUUGAAUGGCGAGCUCGACCGGAUGCUGCUGCUCUCAAGGAUAUCUCUGCGACCGCUCAGCAAGUGGAUAUACGACUCCAGCAAUUCUGUUACUGGCCUAUUCAAUAUGUCAAGCUUCGCCAACGGAAAGACAAUUGGGAAAGUGUGACGACCAGCCACCCGGAUUAUAUUCGAUUUUACAACAGCUUGUGGCUCGUCGCCAACGACGUGAUCAUCGGCAUUGCUCUCGGGUCCUAUAUCAUCGACAAUGCAAACUGGGUGGCAUCUCAAAUCAAUACUGUCCUAACAGGCUGGACUGUGGAAGGCCUGCAACGCACAAUCUCAUGGUUGAUGGAUUGGCCAGCUGGAUUGAAGUUGAACAACGAACUCGCGGCAUUCCUUGGUGACUUGUUCUUGUGGGUCAUUGAAAACUGGGCUGCGUGCAUCGCCAAUCUGCAACCAUACCUCCCACAUGUCAUCUACAUUGUGGGGUGCUCCAGUUUCGCCGGCGCCAGCAUGCCCAUCGCCUUAUUCUCCGACCUUCUUUCGAUUCUAACCGUUCACAUCUACUCAUUCUACAUUGCAUCUGCUAGAAUCUUCAAUUGGCAACUUACCAUCAUCAUCUCUCUGUUCCAUCUUUUCCGUGGAAAAAAGCGCAACGUCUUGCGCAAUCGGAUAGACUCAUGCGAUUACGACCUCGACCAGCUUUUGCUUGGCACCAUCUUGUUUACCGUCCUUUUCUUCCUUCUUCCUACUGUCAUUGUCUUUUACUUGACAUUCGCCUCGGCCCGGAUGUUGAUCAUCACCAUGAAAGCUGGUUUCGAUACCUGUCUGGCAUUUUUGAACCAUUUCCCGCUCUUCGCAUUGAUGCUGCGUGUGAAAGACUCGAGACGACUACCCGGUGGCAUCCGGUUUGAGCUUCGGGAUGCAGUGACGAAAGGUUCCAAUGAUGCAGACUCUCCGGCUGUUUCUUACAUCCACCUCGAGUCUAUCCCCCUCCCACUCCGCGCCAUGUUUGACCAAUACUUCCAACUCGGUCACCGACUCCGCAAACAUUACCUAGCACCCCGUGUCAUUUUCUGUCUCAUGACCGGCCGCUUCGUCCCGCCCAUUCACCGCCGCAACCUAUACAGCAUGCAAUAUAGCAUGCUACCGGCACGGCGCGCAGGCAUGGCCGAGGUAUGGUCAAUGUUGACGCAGCCGAAGAAAGGUGGAAACGGGAGUGGAAGUUCUAGCUCUGUCGGGGGAAUCGGAGCCUUGGGUAAUCCGAUUCCCAAGGUCCCGCCUAACUUUGGGCAAGGGGAUGUACGUCGACGGGGGCAUCGGUGA